AUGCAUUCAGCAACCAGAUCUCGAGUUCUAGCUCGAGCUCUCCUCCCUUCCUUUUCCCGACGAUAUGCCACCACUCCUGCGAUCACUCCCAUUACUUCCGUCCUCAUAGCUAAUCGUGGAGAAAUCGCUCUACGAGUCGGACGCACAGCUUCAGAUCUCGGUGUACAAUGUACAACAAUCUAUACGGAUCCUGACGCCAAUUCACAACACGCACUCUCCAGUCCGUUUGCCGUAAAUCUGGGUGCUGCGAAUGCGUAUCUUGACGGUGAACGAAUUAUAUCUGUGGCAAAGGAACAAGGAUGUGAGGCUUUACAUCCGGGAUAUGGAUUUUUGAGUGAGAAUUCGGCGUUUGCGAAACGGUGUGUAGAAGAGGGGUUGGUGUUCAUUGGUCCACCUUGGAAAGCUAUUGAGGCUAUGGGAAAUAAAUCUAGGAGUAAGGAUAUUAUGAUCAAGGCGGGCGUACCUUGUAUACCUGGAUAUCAUGGGGAGAAUCAAGAACCUGAACAUCUACUCAAUGAGGCGAGGAAGAUCGGCUUUCCAGUUAUGGUGAAGGCUGUGAAGGGCGGUGGUGGAAAGGGUAUGCGUAUUGCUCAGACUGAAGGGGAGUUCCUUGAGAAGCUGGAGAGUGCGAAGAGUGAAGGGAGAAAUUCUUUUGGUGAUGAUGUUAUGUUGGUCGAGAAAUAUAUUGCUACGCCAAGACAUAUUGAGGUACAAGUUUUCGCUGAUAAACAUGGUCAUGCUGUUGCUUUGGGCGAGAGAGAUUGUAGUUUACAAAGACGACAUCAAAAGAUCUUGGAAGAAGCGCCAGCGCCAAAUUUAGCGGAAAACAUUAGACAGGAUCUUUGGGAGAAAGCUCGUGCUGCUGCACUUGCUGUGGGCUAUGAGGGUGCUGGGACAGUAGAAUUUAUUUUCGACAACGAUACUAAUGAAUUUUUCUUCAUGGAAAUGAACACUAGAUUGCAGGUUGAACAUCCCGUGACAGAAGAAAUUACUGGAGAAGAUCUCGUUUCAUGGCAAUUCAAAGUUGCAGCUGGUGAACCAUUACCACUUGAUCAAGAUACGAUAGCUCAAAGAAUAUCUGAACGUGGAUGGGCACUUGAGGCACGAAUCUAUGCAGAGAACCCAGAUCAGAAUUUCAUGCCUGAUUCUGGAAAGCUUGUCCAUUUACGAACACCAAAACUCUCGGAAAGUGUUCGAAUAGAUGCGGGUUUUGUUCAAGGAGACACAGUCUCAUCAAACUACGAUGGUAUGAUUGCAAAACUUAUCGUGAGUGGUCCGACAAGAGAAGUAGCUAUACGAAAACUCCACGCAGCUUUACAAGAUUAUGAAGUAGUUGGCCUAAGUACCAAUAUUGAGUUUCUCAAAAAGAUUUGCAAAAGUCCUGCAUUCAUUCGAGGUGAUGUUGAGACUGGAUACAUACAAAAGCAUCACGAUAAGCUCUUCACAAAUGAGACUAUUGAGCCUGAAGCAUUUGCCCAAGCUGCUCUUGGUAUAUUAUCGCAGGAACUUUCGGCAGCGAAUUCCAAAUCGAUCCAAGGACCUCAUGGCGAGGCAAUUGGUUUCAACUCUCACGUACAACGCGAAUUUAGUUUCACAAAACCUAUCAUUCAACCAUCAAGCGAAAAGCCGGAAAUCUACCACGUAACCAUUGACCAAUCUGACCGCAAUUUAUACAACAUUACGGUAAAGGGACCCAAUGUCGAAAAAUCAUACGCAAACAUCGUUAGCGAGCCAAAGUCCCCUACUAUCUCGACUUUUUUCCCCCACACUCGAAUUGAAAGCACAUUAAUCAGACAAGAUGAUAAAAUCACACUCUUCCAACAGGGAAAACAAUUACAAUUACAAUUGGCAACGCCGGGAUGGUAUGAGAAAGCAUUGGGGUUGAAAGACGUGAGAAAUAGUGUAGUAGCACCGAUGCCAUGUAAGGUAUUGAGAAAUGAGGUUAGAGAGGGAGAGGAGGUGGAGGAGGGACAGGCGUUGGUUGUGAUUGAGAGUAUGAAGAUGGAAACGGUGAUUCGAAGCCCACAGAAGGGAGUUGUGGCUAAGUUGGUACACAAGGAAGGAGAUAUUUGUAAAGCAGGUACUGUGCUUGUGCUAUUCGAAGAGCACGAAUAA